UUAGAGUCACUACAAGCGGAGACACCUGAUUGGCUGGACAGCAGACCGGAAGUGCGUCUGUUUCCCAGCUGUGCUGAAAACAAAACAAGGCAAGCUGCGACUGCACCAUGAUGGAUGAGCUGGUGCAGGACCUGGUGUCGGCUCUGGAGCAGACCUCAGAGCAAAGCAAGCUGGGAGAGCUGUGGCAGGAAAUGGUCCUGAGUCCGCUGCACCAGCGCCGGCAGAUCCGCCGCAGCAGAGGCCACAGACGCUACCGUCAAUCUUCCCUCUAUCCGCUGCAGCACAGACGCUGCUGGAUCGAGGCCUCGGAGUCCAGCUUAGACGAAACUAAAGGACACAGAGAGAAGUCUUCCUCCUCCAUCGCCGCAUCUGUGGCCAACUGCAGUGACUCUGACGACGUGACCCCCACCAACCGAUGGCGCUCCGUAAUGAGAGGCCCGGUCAGGAAUAGGCAGCCUUCCUGGCCAGAGUCCGACUCCUUCACCGAGAAUAAUCCAGGACGCCAGCUCAGGAGGAGGAGGAAGGUCAAACGUAUGACCUCAGACGUCACGGUUAGGUUGCAGCAGAAGUUAAAGGUUUCCAGUGUAGAUGGGAAAAGAAGACAGAAGCCGUCCAGGAUGCAACAUCUGGCGGGAUCCAAGAAAAGGUCUGGAAGUUGGGUGGCAGCAGACCGGCCGACUGAAGGAGCCCGGCUGAUGGGGAAGGAGUGCUGGAAGAGGAAGAUGGCCAAGGAACACAGAGAUGCUGCAGAUGAGAACAUGUCUGAAGGGGAAACCAGCAGCACAUGCAGCAGUGACCCUGGCCUCUUCACCAAUGAUGAGGGAAGACAAGGCGAUGACGAGCAGAGCGACUGGUUCUUCGAGGGGGACUGCGGGGUCGGGACCAGUGUAGCCGGACUGCUGCCCGGCUGGGACUCGGACGGCCAGCUGGACAACCGGCCCCCCCCCACCUUCCUGCAACCUGCAAGGCCCCCUCAGAGAGGGUAUCGGUAUCACUCACGCCUGAAGCGAGUGCCUGGCUCUGCCGCCUGCUGCAUGAGGAGGGACAGGAGGAGGCUCCCCAGCAAGAGCCAGGGCAUGCCGGUGUUUGUAGAGAGGCUGAGACAAUACUCCCAAGAUCCUUACCAGAGAGACUUUUGGCGGCCUCCUGUUGGAAAGCGAGACAGAAGCCAGUUAAACCCUUUGUGCCAAUUACCCGUGUGUCAGAGAGCUCCGGUCUCAGAUGUUCUUCCUCAAUCUGCAGAAACAGGCAGACUGAGGUCUCCUGUGCACACCACCCCGCAGUGACAUCAGGAGGACAGCAGCGGUGUCCGUCACAACAUCAGCAAGCAACUCAUUUCACAAGGAUCACCGGAGAGAAGAGGCACAGGGAGCCAGUAACACCUCAACCCUAGUGGGACCAAGAGCACCAGG